AAAGAGUAAUACUAUACCUCGAUCUUCCCAUGACCAACCUAAUUCAAACCGGCCAACGGAGUUUCUUUCUUCUAAAAUGAUAAUCAAAGGAAGAAAUAAUUAACAUUUCGAUUGCUGAGCUCCCCAAGUUCAGAAUAAAUUAACGUCAUUUCGACAUAAAGAGAUCGCUCUCGGUAGUAAGCUAGAGAUAGAGAGAGAGAGAGAGAGAGAUGCCGGAGUACUGCGUCACCGGCGGGACGGGGUUCAUCGCGUCGCACCUCAUCCGCGCGCUGCUCGCCGCCAGCCACACCGUCCGCGCCACCGUCAGAGACCCAGAGGAUGAAGCCAAGGUGGGGUUCCUAUGGGAGCUUGAUGGCGCGAGCGAGCGGCUGCAGCUGGUGAAGGCCGACCUGAUGGUGGAGGGUAGCUUCGACGACGCCGUCCGCGGCGUCGACGGCGUGUUCCACGCGGCGUCCCCCGUCGUGGUGGUCGGCAACAGCAGCAGCAACAACGGCAAGCCGAACGACGACGACGACGAGGAGGAGGUCCAGCAGCGGCUAGUGGAGCCGAUCGUGCGCGGCGCGUCGAACGUGCUCCGCUCCUGCGCCAGGGCGUCGCCGCGCCCGCGCCGCGUGGUGUUCACCUCCUCCUGCUCCUGCGUCCGCUACGGCGCCGGCGCGGCGGCGGCGCUGAACGAGUCGCACUGGAGCGACGCCGCCUACUGCGCGGCGCACGGCCUCUGGUACGCCUACGCCAAGACGCUGGCGGAGAGGGAGGCGUGGCGGCUGGCCAAGGAGCGCGGCCUCGACAUGGUCGCCGUGAACCCGUCCUUCGUCGUGGGCCCCAUCCUGUCGCAAGCGCCGACGAGCACGGCGCUGAUCGUGCUCGCCCUCCUCCGCGGCGAGCUCCCCAGGUACCCGAACACGACGGUGGGGUUCGUCCACGUGGACGACGCGGUGCUGGCCCACGUGGUGGCCAUGGAGGACGCCAGGGCGUCGGGGCGGCUCAUCUGCUCGUGCCACGUGGCGCACUGGUCGGAGAUCGUGGGGUCGCUGAGGGAGAGGUACCCGGGGUACCCGAUCCCCGCGGAGUGCGGCAGCCACAAGGGAGACGACAGGGCCCACAAGAUGGACACCGCCAAGAUCAGGGCUCUCGGCUUCCCGCCAUUCCUCUCCGUGCAGCAGAUGUUCGACGACUGCAUCAAGAGCUUCCAGGACAAGGGCCUCCUUCCUCCUCACGCUUGAUUCAUAUGAUCCACACAAUUAAGCUGCUUGAUUAAUUAACUAAUUAAUCUAAUAUUAUUAAGGAUCGGAAUCACGUAGUACCGAUCAUAUAUAUGUUCAUCUCGAAAUUAACUGCAAGUGUGAGAUCGAGAAUACACUAAUACAGUGCUAAUAUAUACUGAUCAGUCGCCUGGUGAGUUAUUAAUUA